GCUUCUGUUGUAAUCUCUCUCUUCCCCGCCUCCCCACGUCCGGCCCCACCGUAACCACGGCCCAUUAUUGCACUUUCGGUUUCUCAUUAAACCCCCCACUUUCUUCCUCCACUCCCUGCCGCCUAUAAAUUCACUGGACUUCGCCCCCAGGAAGAAGAAAAACAGCCCCUUCUUCCUCUGUCUCUGUCGAGCUCUGUUUCGGAGUUCGAAAACAGAGCAUCGCAAAUGGGGCUUCUCAGAUCAUCCUGCUUCCUCUUGCUCCUGUCAAUCCUUUCCGUUGCAGAGUCGGGGUCGAUAGGAGUGAACUAUGGCCGGAUAGCGGACAACCUCCCGCAGCCGCAGAAGGUGGUCGAGCUCCUCGAGCAGAACGGCAUCACGCGGGUCAAGCUCUACGACACCGAUGCCACAGUCCUCUCCGCCCUGGCCAACUCCAACAUCUCCGUCACCGUUGCCCUCCCAAACGAGCUCCUCUCCUCGGCUGCGGCAGACCAGUCCUUCACCGACAAGUGGAUACAGGCCAACAUCUUAAAGUACUCCCCCGCCACAAAGAUUGAGGCCAUCGCGGUUGGGAAUGAGGUGUUCGUCGACCCGAACAACACGACGGGCUUCCUUGUCCCCGCUAUGAAGAAUGUCUAUGCCUCCCUGGUCAAGUACAAGCUUGACUCGGGCAUCUCGGUCUCUUCCCCAAUCGCCCUGUCCGCGCUACAGAGCUCGUAUCCGACCUCCUCAGGGGCGUUCAAGUCCAACCUGACAGGCCCGGUCAUCGGGCCAAUGCUCGAGUUCCUGCGCAAAACCAAGUCUUACCUGAUGGUGAACGCCUAUCCGUUCUUUGCCUACAUCGACAAUGCCGAUAAGAUCUCGAUAGACUAUGCCCUGUUCAGGAACAACCCGGGCGUGGUGGAUUCCGGCAAUGGGCUGAAGUACAGCAGCCUGUUUGAUGCCCAGGUUGAUGCUGUCUAUGCCGCCAUGUCCGCGCUCAAGUACGAUGAUGUCAGGAUUGUUGUGACGGAAACCGGGUGGCCGUCUAAAGGGGACCAAAACGAGGUCGGGGCAGGGCCCGAGAAUGCAGCUGCAUACAACGGGAACCUAGUGCGCCGGGUCCUGACCUCCCGCGGUACACCGCUGAGGCCCAAUUUCGACCUUGACGUCUUCCUGUUCGCACUCUUCAACGAGAACCAGAAACCGGGACCGACCUCGGAGCGGAACUACGGGCUGUUCUACCCCAGUGAGCAGAAAGUGUACGAGGUUCCGCUGACGCUGAAGGACCUGGCCAGUGCGCCGGCGUCCAAUCAGAGCAAGAGCCAGGUGACACCGCCUCCGGCUCCCACUGAAGGGGAGGUGUCGACCUCUGCUGCUGGGCAGACAUGGUGCGUGGCCAGCGAAAAGGUUGGGAAAGAGAAGCUGCAGGCGUCACUCGACUACGCCUGCGGGGAGGGAGGCGCCGACUGCAAGCCAAUCCAGGAGGGCGCCACUUGCUACAAUCCUGACUCACUCGAGGCCCAUGCCUCGUACGCCUUCAACAGCUACUACCAGAAGCAGGCGCGUAAAGCCGGGUCGUGCUAUUUCGGUGGUGCGGCUUACGUGGUCACACAGCCUCCUAAAUAUGGGACCUGCGUAUUCCCAACGGGCUACUGAAGAAGAAGAAGAGGAUGAAAGGGGGUGGAUUUGGUGAGACUUUAAUUAGCCAUAGACAUAGGUUUAGAUUUCUUGGAAUUUUGGAUUUUGUCCUUUUUUAUUUUGGUGAUGUAUUUAAUUUUAUGUAUUUAUUAUUAUAUUUAUGUAUUGGCAUCAUUGUUUAGGAGAACGAGCCGAUUGGUCUGUAAUUAAAUCAUGUUCCUUUCCCAUAUUCUAUUCUAUUAUAUUAUUAUAGCAUUA